GAAAAUUGGAAAGGGACGCCAGUCGAAAAAUGGUCAAAAUAUCAGUCGCCGCGACGCUAUCGACGAGCACAGACAUGCUGAGCAUCGGGCGCCGCCGCAUACACUGCUCAACUCAACAAAAGUCAACGUGAAAAAAAAAACACAGUGCCUCAUGUGACUCAAACCCCGUGCUACCAACAUGGCAAGCCAGACCAGCGACAAUGCAUCCCUCAAGUCCUCGGGGAGCAAGCCCAAGACCCCCAGCGCGGAUGGGGGCAGGAAAGUGGGCUUCGCGAGGCCCAGCCUCAUCAUUCCGCCACCGCAGAUCCAGAGGCAGUACCCCCCGUACAGCGCCAACAGGAACUUCACCCCCAUGACCGCCACUACUGGGCCUACCCCUGAGAUGUACGGAAGGAAGGCCUCCAUGUUCAUGUUCGACCAGUUCAACGGGUUGAAGGACUUCACCAUGAACACUGCCAAAUCUGGGAUGGGAAUAGGGGAGAAGUGUUCGUACUGGGUGUAUGCGAAAAUAAAGGCGCUGAGUAGGAAGUGGUUCACGCACUGUUUUCUGUCGAUCGUCUUGAUUUGUUACACUAUUGGAGGUGCUGUGAUUUUCACAACGAUUGAAGGUCAGAACGAGAUCAGGAUAGUGGAACGGGAUCUUCGCAAGGACAGGUACCAGCUGAUCCGCGAAUUGCGCAACUUCUCGGUGGUGCUCCCUCAAAGGACCUCCGACGGGGAGUGGGAGGGAGAGGCUUUCAGGACCCUCUUGGACUAUGAGCUCAAGAUCAUCGAACAAUAUCAGCAGCAUUCGCUGAUAGUGACCAACCGGGGUGAUAAAGUGUGGACGAUGUGGAAUUCCAUCGUGUACUGUGCUACGAUUUAUACGACUAUAGGUUAUGGUCAUCUUUAUCCAACUACGAUAACAGGAAGGGCUCUAACUAUAGUCUACUCCAUCAUAGGGAUACCGCUGUUUCUCAUAGCCCUGACGGAUUUUGGAAAACUUUUCACCAGAGGCAUCAAAUUUCUUUGGUCGUUCGUCCGGAGGCUGUACUACACAGGGAGCUGUAGGAAAUAUAGGAAAACUGCCCAUGUGCAGGAAAUAUUCAAAGGCGCCCAAAUGAUGUACGACAUCGCGACGUUCCGAAGACCCUCCAUCUCCACACAGCCCAGCGACUUGGAAAACCCCCAGGAGCAGGACCAGCAGCUCCCCAAACCCCCCUCCCUAAACACCACCUCCCUCCUCACGGAAACCGACACCCCCACAACUCCAGCUAUCUCCAACUUCGAGAUCGACGACGAAUUCAACCUGCCCAUCUCCGUCGCUCUUUUCAUUCUGAUAGCCUACAUCUUCAUCGGAGCACUGAUCUACUGCGUGUGGGAGGAUUGGAACUUCUUCGCCUCCUUCUAUUUCGUCUUCAUCUCCAUGAGCACCAUCGGUUUCGGGGAUUUCGUGCCGAAGCACCCGAUCUGUAUGAUCGUGUCCAUCGUGUACCUGGUGUUCGGGCUGGCGCUGAUGUCGAUGUGCAUCAACGUGGUGCAGCUGAAGCUGAGCGACACGUUUCAGCAGGCCUCCGCGAAGCUGGGCGCCUCCAUAGGCUUCGAUACAGACGAGGGGGGAAGUCUGGCUGCGGCGGAGAAUGUGGAGGUGGCUGCGGUACACGACCCGCACGAGGAUCUGGCUAUGGUGGAGCCCAUGGUGAAGGUUCUGGUCAAUAAUGUCACGAGGACCAGUCCUAAUACCUUGGCGCUGCCUGAUCCAGAUAGUGGACUCGGUGCAGAAAAGGGGAAGAAGUCUUAAUGUGAUAUUUUGAGAAAACUGUGAGAGUGUUUUUGAAAGGUAGAUGUGAAGGGGGAGGUGCACUCGUGGUAAAAAGGGGUCAAGGUAUAAAGGUUUUCGAACUCAAGAGUCGGUACUAUCGCUAACAUGGUUAUUAUUGGAGCUACAAUGUCAGUUGAAUAGGCAAACUGAUUAUGAUGAUGAAAUUGAAAGAGAAAUCGAACCGCCUUCACGAGUUAUGUCGAAAGGUUACAUGUUUCAAGUGGCACACCCAGUAUAUAAUACUCUUAAUCGAUAGGAAAUUCGAUUCUGAACAGAAACUGUCUCAUAAUCUUUCAUUCUGAAUUCAAAAAUGACUAGGAUCGAUAAUUUCUCAAAUUUGUCAAUAUGAUUGAUUGUGUUAAUCGAGGAUGGUCGAGGUACUAUUUGUAGUAACUUCCAUUGCCCCAAGAAACAUCUUUGUUUAUAAUAGAUAAUAAAAAAACUAAUCAACGAGUGAUGUCAAUAUAAUAUAAUAAUUAAAAUAACAUCUUCCCAAGUAUUCAAAUGAGAAUAAAUUGCUCCGUUUAUAGUGUCAUGAGUAUACAUUUUUCCAUAUCGACUUUGAAUCUUGUUUCAUCAUCAAUGUUUCAAAUCAUAAGGUAACGAUUUAUAUGGAAUGAUUCCGUUGUAGACUACUGAUUGUUUGUCAAUAAUGGAGUUAUAUGGGUUUGCUAUAAUAAUGAAUUCAACUGUCUUGUUUCAUGAGUAUGAAUCGUAUUUACUUCAGUAAAGUUCAAGUUAGAUUUUUUUUUUUCACAAAAUGGAUAAAAGAACAAAUUUUUAUUUAAUGUAAAGACAAUUUUUUUUGUUUGUAAAGAUUAAUAGUUGGUUCUAGGUAAUGUAAAUUGUAAAUGCACUUAAUUGUUUUAUUUCGUAAUUUCCUUAAUGGUUUCAAAUGUGAUA